AUGAUCAUCCCAAUUGACGUUCGAUCGUCAAAUAUCCUGGAGAAGUACUCGCCCAUGGAUAGUGUAGUUGAAAAUAAUUCCAAGUGGGUAGAAGUAACUCAUUACAACCCUAAGGACCUGGCGUUUGUUGUGCAAGUCUGCCAGUUCUGCGAUUUUGAAGUGCUCGUGAGGUUCCGUUGUCGUACGAACAGACGAAGAACCAUAUCCAGCCCAAGACGGGUUCACUUGUUAAAAAGCGGGGUAAAACCUACGGCACGAGUACCAUCGGAUCUCGUUAAGAGGGACUGGAAAUCGGACAUUGGGCACGUGAGAGGUGACACAGCACGUGAAUUCCCGAAAUUUGCCGGAGAAAGUCGCCAAAAGGGCAAUUGGAAACGUCGGCGUUCGGCGAGAACACUGAAGCUCAACGAACAUAAGCUGGCAUACGAAAAACGAGACCAAGACGCAUCGCAUAACAGUGGACUGCUACAAGCAUCGAAGGCCACUUGCGGAGCGGAAUCUAGGCAGCACAAAACACCCCACUUAUUGGGGUUUUUAUGCCGGAUUUCGUUUUUCGUGCCGGAUCAAAUUCGUCCGACGUCGGUGCGCGAUCGUUGCUGUUUGGCUGGAGGAAAGGAGCGUGCUAGCCUUGGCGAGGGCAUCGUAGCUAUCGGUGGGGACCAGCUUCGAAACCGUCGAGUGGUGUGCACUGGUGCAAGUUUGGUGGCUGUGGUGUGCGGAGACAUCGUCAUCUUCGACGAGAGUAUCGACUGCCUCGGAGGGACCCCAUCCAGCAACCCGGUCGUACUGGAUGGCCAGAGGGGUCUCCAGCAGAGGAGUAUCGUCGGUGCGAACAUCGGGAGCGGCAUGCAAGAUUCGCGGCGGCGAGAUGAUCGCAGCACAGGCGAAACGUAGGGGGACGCCCCGUUAGGUGGUACCGUGAGUACUGAACAAAUUAAUUUGUAAGAUGGAAGAAGUAGAGAAGGAGAAGUAAGACGAAGAGAGUAGGGAUGAGAAUGUAGUGAG